UUUAUGUGGGGAUAUUCGAGUCUGUUGGCGUUUGUGUUUUAUUUUGUUGACUGACAAUAAAAGAAUUUUUCUCGUCGAUUUAUUAUGAUUUUGAGAAGAAUUACGUGCCAGUUAUUGGUUCAAAAUAUUCGGUUCAGAAAACGAAGUACAUAUAAUAAAACGAUAUACUUUAAUUCGAUGAUGAUCAGGUGGGGAGUAUAUAGGAUAGAUUUUGAAGAAUUUUGAGGCCAGUAGGUAGUUGUCAGGAAUUCAAUAGUCGGAAUUACUCAAUGAGAAAAUGGUUUCUAACAAUUUGUUCAUCGUGUUGCUUGCCUGCACGUUAAUUAAUGCUGUACCUAUUCAGAAAAUAGUGCGAAACAAUCGUGCAAUAUUGCGACACCUUGAGGUGUACGAUGAGAAUGUGAAUACUGUUCAGGAGAAUCUUGAGGAUUUAGGAACCACCACAAAGUCAACCGAUAAAAAUUCGGAAGAACCCACUCAAGCAACUCUGAAUCCAUUUCCAACUCUGCCAGGAUUUAAUGAACAUGUGAAACAGAAUUCCUCUACAGGAAUUCCAAAUGGAAAUUCUAAUCAGCCGUGGAAUCAGAGCACAGAACAAUCAAAAAUCCAAGACCUUGAUGGAAAAUCCAAUGUGGGAAUUCAAAGUUCGGGGCCUUCGGACAAAAAUCUCCAAAACAACUCCUCUAACAGUACUGAUAACGAAUCGGAGGAUGACUUCGAAUGGGAUAGAAUUUUUGACGAUGAUAAUGACGAGGAACAGGAUCCUUUAGCGGCUUUUCUUGAGGAAGUUGGAGUCGCUGUUAUCGAGACAUUAUUCGAAUAUCGAAAGAAAAUCAGAUACGGUAUCCGGGGAUUAAUGCACGCUGCCAAAGACAUCGUAAGAUCUGGGCAACUCGAUGAUUCUGCCCUGAUUUAAAGUUACUAUAACAAAACAUUUUCAAAUAAAAAAAUUAGAAUUUUUCAUUAAAAUCGCGAA